AUUCGUUUUGGGCUGACAUAGCUCUGGUGUUUGUUUGUUUUUUCAGAUAUUGUCGCUUGGAUAAGUGGGACAGAACACGAGGGCAUCGUUCAUUUAAGAGGUAGCCUAAUGAGUAAUGUGGUAUUGAGAAGUCUUUGAACAGUUUGCUAUCUGCGGUCACUUCUUAUGCAGCAGAGCGAAAGAGAGAAAGAGGGAAGCAUUGAAGCUACUCUCUCUUUCAGCUUCGGAUAACCAUCGCUUUGUAUGCUGUAAAUGAUUCAUAUUUUUUUUCGCAACCGAUCAUCUAUUUCGGCCCAAGUUUGGAGGGUGCAGAAACCACAUUGCGGAUGCAUCGAAUGCAAUCGAAAGGAUCCCUAUUCCCCAAACGGUUUGAUGGAUGAAACUACGUGCUGUGAAUUCAGAGUAAGACCUCAACUAAUUUUGGCUCGUUCCUUUUGGACCUAUCUGUAUGAUUGACUAUCCUACAAACCUGAAAUGGGACAAUAUAUAAUCGAAUAUAUAAUUUCACAAUAAUUUUGUCUGCUUGUUCGGGGCACUGAUUCCGAGACUAAAAAGGAUACCCGUGCCUAUAUAUAAGUUUUAAACUAACACCGCGUCAAUUAGACGACAUCCCUUCACAGUUUCCCUAUUGACAUGCUGUAGGGUCUUUUCCCCCAUAUGGAAUCAUGGCUUCGAUGUAUCAGAGGUUCACGGGCAAGAUCAACACCAAUAGAUCUUUCCCCAACCCACCUGAAGCUAGCCACCUACUCGGCGGGCAAACAGUUGAAGACGAGAAUACCGUGAAGAUCCCGCGCUUCUGUCAAGACGUACGGCCCCGUUUCCAAUGCCAACAACAGAGAAGCGCAUGUGGGGACGAAGAAGAGGAUGAGCUGGUGGGGAGUAACCCUCCUCAGAGGAACUGGAAGGGAAUUGCGAUCGCCCUGUUGGUCAUUCUGGUCAUCUGCUCCCUGAUCGUCACCUCGGUCAUCCUGCUGACACCAGGCGAGGAUGACAGCUUGGCCCUCAAGGGGAAACUGACCGUGGGGGACAUCUUCAGGAAGAACUUCAAGGUUCACGACCCUGAGGCCAAGUGGAUCAACAGUAAUGAGCUACUCUAUCGCACACGUGAGGGGGAUGUUGUCAGGUUCAACAUGGAGACAUACGAGAGGACGGUAUUGGUGCACAACAAAAAGUUUGAAAUGUACAAAGCCAGCAAGUAUGAAGUGUCUCCUGACAUGAAGCAUGUGCUGCUCGCCUACAACAUGGCACGAGUGUACCAGCACUCGUUCACUGCCUUCUACAUCAUCUGCAGCCUGGAGACUCCGGAGACAUGGAACCUGAACCCUCCAGAGGUGCGGAACGCCCAACUGCAGUACGCAGGCUGGGGACCCACGGGCCAGCAGCUGAUUUUCAUUUUUGAGAAUAACAUCUACUACCGUUCAACGGUGGAGAGCCGAUCGAUCCGCCUAGUCUCCACCGGCAAGGAGGGAGUCAUCUUCAAUGGGCUCAGCGAUUGGCUGUACGAAGAGGAGAUCUUCCAGACCCAUAUUGCCCACRGGUGGUCUCCGGACGGUGCCCGGCUGGCAUAUGCCACCAUCAACGACACCAUGGUGCCCAAGAUGGAGAUCCCCAUGUUCACAGGAACUACUUACCCUACUGGGAGGGAGUACCACUACCCUAAGGCUGGGGAGGAGAACCCAGUCAUCUCUCUGUAUGUGGUCAACCUGAAUGGGCCCCUGCACACCAUGGAGAUGAGGAGGCCUGAGGACCAGAGGAUGGGAGAGUACUAUGUCACCAUGGUGAAAUGGGCGACUACCACCAAACUGGCAGUGAACUGGUUAAACAGAGCCCAGAACAUAUCCAUGCUGACGUUGUGUCAGGCCACCACCGGCGUCUGCACCAAGAAACAUGAGGACGAAAGUGAAAGUUGGCUACACAGACAGAAUGAGGAGCCGCUGUUCUCCAAAGAUGGUCUGAAGUUGUUCUUCACCAGAGCCAUCCCACAGGGAGAGGGCAAGUUCUUCCACAUCUCCAUGUCCAUCACACAGCCCAACACCAGCACAGACACGCUGCAGUCGAUCACGUCUGGAGACUGGAUGGUCACCCAGGUCCUAGCCUACAACGAGGACAGCCACUAAUGAAAAAUAUACUUCUUGAGUACUGAGGAUGAUCCGAAGCGAAGGCACCUCUACAGUGCGGACACGGUGGGCCCCUUCAACAGACGCUGUCUCUCCUGUGACUUCUACGAAAGCUGUGGCUACGUCAAAGGCUCCUUCAGCCACAACAUGAGCCUCUUCCUCCUCAGCUGCAAAGGCCCUGAUGUACCGUUUGUAGCAGUGUACAGCACACAGGACAGACAGAAGGUGUUUGACCUGGAGACCAAUGAGAAUCUGAGGAUUAGGCUGGACUCCAUGCAGAUGCCCCACGUGGAAUACAAGGAGAUCACCAUGGAGGAUUACACACUAACGAUGCAGAUCCUCAAACCUGCCAGCUUUGUGGACUCAUCUCCCUAUCCUCUGCUCCUCCUCGUUGACGGCACCCCCGGUGGUCAGAUGGUAUCAGAGCUGUUCCAAAUGGACUGGGCCACGGUGCUGGUGAGCAGCUUCGGGGUCAUGGUGGUACGCUUCGACGGGCGGGGCAGCGGCUUCCAGGGGACCAACCUGCUGCACCGCGUCCAGAGGAAGCUGGGUGUGUUCGAGGAGAGGGACCAGCUGGAGGCCCUCAGUAUAAUAUCUAAAGAGCCCUACGUUGACAAGACCAGGAUUGGAGCUUUUGGCAAAGUUUAUGGAGGCUACGUGACCAGCCUGUUACUCAGCGCCGAGGAUUCCCCGGUGAAAUGUGGUGCAGCCCUCUCACCCAUCACGGACUUUGACCUAUACGCAUCAGCUUUUUCAGAGAGAUACCUGGGAAUGCCCAAGCCUGACCCAAGAGCAUAUGCGAUGGCAAAUCUAGCACACAGGGCAUCACAGUUCCUGGACAAGAAGUUUCUGAUUGUUCAUCCAACAGCAGAUGAAAAAGUCCAUUUCCAGCACACAGCUAAAUUCAUCUCCCAGCUGAUCAAUGAAAAGGCAAACUACACUCUACAGAUCUACCCAGACGAGGGCCAUUUCAUCCACAGCGAGGCCAUGCAGCAGCACCUCAGCCAGUCGCUGGUCAACUUCUUCGAGGAGUGUUUCCGGCUACCGGACAAGGUGUUCGAGGAGAGACAGGAGGAAGAGAUUGAGGAAGAGGGUUAGCCCAGACAAAACCAACACCCCUAACCAGAGCUCCAGUCUACGCCUAAGCACAAUGCCAGUCCCCAUACCUGGUUUCACAAUCCACAUGAUAUGCAACCUUCUCUUGGUUUCAACCCUCUUUAGUCCUUUUUUUCCAAUUUUCACCUUCUGGGUUUCCCCUGCGUUUCAGCAUGAUCAACCCUGAGACUGCCGCGUUGCAGAUCAACCCUGAGACUGCCGCGUUACAGAUCAACCCCGAGACUGCCGCGUUGCAGAUCAACCCUGAGACUGCCGCGUUGCAGAUCAACCCUGAGACUGCCGCGUUGCAGAUCAACCCUGAGACUGCCGCGUUGCAGACGCUUGCUUAUCUCCUCAUCCUCAGUUUUUCUCCUCCUCUUCCUCACCUUUUGAUUCAGCACGACUCCACAAGAGACUAUCGGCAGCCAUUUUUUUGACAUCGACACAAUGAAUACAUUACGAUGAAGGACCACUAGCUGAUGUCAUAUCUGGAAUGUGUUGAAAAGGCGGUCGUGCCAGGAAUAGGCAUUCUCUGGUCAUUUUAUGUUUAAAAGGACAAGCUCCUUGGAUUCCAAACGACUGGUGGGAGGGAAGGAACAUCAAAAUCCACACAUAAACUUUACCAGUCAGUGAGGAGAGGGAAGACUCUAUAGCACAAACUUUACCAGUCAGUGAGUAGGGGAGACUUAAUAGCACAAACUUGUGGUCGAAGAUACAGACUCCACAUUGUAUCUGACGGGUCAAACUGGCUCCAGCCCAGUGUCUGGAGUGUGGGUGUCUGUGGAGAAGGGAAUGCUCCUAUUUUGAAAAUCGUGAAGACACCUUUUCAUGUCAGACUGUGCUUGUGUCUGUUGUUCCUUUGUCAAGUAGCACAUUAAACAUUCCCUUCUUUGGACAUCGAUACUUUGUUUUUUCAGUGUUCAAGUUUAUCUUGGAAUCUUCUUCUAGCCUCAAGUAUGUAUUUAAAUGGUGUAGUCUUCAUUUUUCCAUGUCAUGAAAAGGAUGUGAACCGAAUCAAUUUUGUUCUUGAUUCACUUUGUCUUGGUUUUGUUGCAAAUCGUUCUCCUCCAGUCAUUUGAAAUUCGAAGUAUAAUAUAUUUUAGUCACUGUGCCUUACUUUGGGAGCAAGCGGUCCUUUUUAUGGACUCCUUUUGUGAAAACAAAAUACAACAUGGAUCAUUGUAAAGAAAUGUUCUGUUGACCAUGGCACCAACUACUGAUGGUUAAACCUUCACUCUGAACACUUUGUAAUGUUGUCAUAGAGUACGUAUGGAAUUAUAUCAAGAGUCAAGUAAGAAAUGGUCUUCUCUAGUUCCAAAUAUAACCAAUUUCCAAAAUGGUUGUAAACAGUAGUAGUUGCAUGUAUCCUUACAUUAUUUUACAGAUGUUCAAAUGGUAAUGAAAUUUGUUUGUCUGGCUAACGACCACAUAAAAUGGUUAUAUUUUAGUAAAUGUUGUGGCAUUCCAACCCCUCUCAGUAUCACAAUUCAAACCCAUGGAUGGGUUUCAGUUGCCACUUUAAAAUUGGUAGUGUUGUAUGGCCAAAAGUAGUAAUAGUACAUUUCUAUAUAAGGUAAUUAAUAGCUUAGAAUCAUUAUCACAAUCUUUACACUAUGAAAUACAAAGGAAUUCAAAAAAUGUGAAUUUGAGGCACGAGUCUGCAUUUUUUAUUUGUCAUUUUAUCUGAAUGCUCAUUCCUGUUACUUUGUCAAUGCAUGUUAUCAAGUUAUUUGCAACUCAAUGCGAUCUUCGAUAGCUCCAUUUCAAAAUAGUAUUUUUGACAUCUUGAAUGUUCCAUACUGGCAUUACAUUUACAGUAGUAUCGUGAUUGAGAUCCCAGUCUCGUCAGCUUGAUGUGUAAAUGUUACUCAAAUGUCAUUUUAGUCUCUUAAUAUCUGUGUUAUUUGUGCAUAAAUGCAUUUUGAAAGUUACAUUUGAAAUUAAUUUUUGUUCUCCUGUUUCUGUCCUUGGGUUGAGUUUAAAGUGGACUUUGCUAUCGUCAGCGGCUCUGGUGAACUUUCUGACACUGGCGAUUGAACGUGAAGAUGGACUUUUGUCAAGUGACCCAAAAUAGUACAAGUAACAACUGUGGCAUGGGGGUAAAUAUUAGAAUAAACAGUAUUUUAUCGUCGUA